CUCAUACCUACGCUCAGGUCAAUCUUUGCUUUUUUCUCAGAGGGUAAAAAAUUGGCCGUUUAAGGGCGUUUUUAUUUAUUUUUUUCUUUCUUUCUUGACUAACCUUGUUCUUUUCUCUACAUCUUUCCUUUUAUUCCUGUCUUUCUAUUGUUUUUCGGUGAAUCCCUUUUUCAACUUGAUUUUUCUAUUCGCUGAAUCAGACAAGCAAAUUGAUUUAGUUCUUUCAGUCGUUUAAUCUUUCUUUUUUGCAUUCUCCUUUUCUUCCAAUCUCUCGGAUUUUACUCUCGUUUUUCUGCAUACAAUGGCUGCUACAGGUUGGGAGCAAAGUAGUGUAUACUAUACCCCGGUUCUUCCUGGAGAUCAACAAGAAGACUCUAAUGUAAAUCAUGAAAAAAGUUUCAUCCGUUUUAUUGACGAGUUUGUCAUCGACAACAACUUUGUUUAUCGAAGUCAGCUUCGUGACAAUUUGAUGAUCAACCAGUAUCUACUGAAUGUUGAUCUUAAGCAUUUGAUUAGCUUUGAUGAGGAUUUAGCUCAUUUGCUUUCUAGUCAGCCAACGGAACUUUUAUCGCUAUUUGAAUCUGCUGUUACCACAGUCGCAAAACGAUUGCUGUAUCGAAGUCCAGAAAGUGUUUCUAUUCAAAUCCCAGUUUGCCAAGUUACCCUUCAUUACGAUGCCAAUAUUCUCUCUAUUCGUGAUUUGACUGCUUCUCAUAUUUCUAAAUUGGUUCGUAUCCCCGGUAUCAUUAUCGGUGCAUCUACAUUGUCUUGUCGAGCGACUUCCCUGCAUAUAGUCUGUAGAAAUUGUCGUGCUACAAAGUCUUUACCUGUUUCUGGAGGCUUCACUGGUAUUCAACUUCCUCGCAUUUGUGAUGCGCCUGUUUUAGAUGGCGAGAAAAAGGAAUGUCCCAUGGAUCCUUAUAUUAUUGAUCAUUCCAAAUCUUUUUUUAUUGAUCAACAAGUUCUCAAGCUUCAAGAAGCCCCUGAUAUGGUUCCCGUUGGUGAACUUCCACGCCAUAUUUUGUUGAAUGCAGAUCGAUAUCUUACAAGCCAGAUUACUCCAGGAACCCGCUGUGUGAUUACCGGUAUUUUUUCUAUUUUCCAAAACAAAUCUGUCAAAUCUAGUGGUGCUGUUGCUAUUCGAAAUCCAUACGUUCGCGUAAUCGGUAUUCAACUGAACAUAGAUGAUGGCACCAAAUCUACUCCUUUAUUCAGUGAAGAAGAAGAAGAAGAAUUCCUUGAAAUUUCUCGUACUCCAAAUUUGUAUGAAAUUAUUUCAAACAGCAUUGCCCCUGCCAUUUAUGGCAAUAUGGAUAUUAAGAAAUCCAUUGCGUGUUUGUUAUUUUCAGGUUCAAAGAAAAUCUUACCCGAUGGAAUGCGACUUCGAGGUGAUAUCAAUGUUCUUCUAUUAGGUGAUCCGGGUACAGCUAAAUCUCAAUUUUUGAAGUUUGUAGAACGGCUGGCUCCUAUUGCCGUAUAUACAUCAGGUAAAGGCUCUAGUGCUGCGGGUUUAACAGCUUCUGUACAAAGAGACAGUGUUUCUCGCGAAUUCUAUCUGGAAGGAGGUGCAAUGGUUUUAGCUGAUGGCGGAAUCGUUUGUAUCGAUGAGUUUGACAAAAUGAGAGAUGAGGAUCGUGUUGCAAUCCAUGAAGCAAUGGAGCAACAAACAAUAUCGAUUGCCAAAGCAGGUAUAACUACUGUCUUGAAUUCUAGGACGUCUGUAUUGGCAGCGGCGAAUCCUAUUUUCGGAAGAUAUGACGAUAUGAAAUCUCCUGGAGAAAAUAUUGAUUUCCAGUCAACAAUUUUGUCAAGAUUCGAUAUGAUUUAUAUUGUUAAAGAUGAACACGAUGAGUCAAGAGACCGCAGUAUUGCUCGACAUGUAAUCAAUCUUCAUACGAGCUUGCAAGAAUCGAUGGAGACUUUAGCAAUUGGAGAAAUUCCAUUCGAGAAAUUCCGUCGCUACAUCAAUUAUUGCAGACAUAAAUGUGCCCCAAUCUUGAGCGCCGAGGCUGCUGAGAAACUCUCAAGUCAAUUUGUUGCCAUUCGAAAACAAGUGCAUCAGUCGGAACAAGACAGUAAUGUACGAUCUAGCAUUCCUAUCACUGUCCGUCAACUGGAAGCUAUUAUACGAAUUACUGAAGCGCUGGCUAAAAUGUCUCUUUCGAGUAUAGCAACAGAGGUCCAUGCAACAGAAGCAAUUCGCUUGUUCUUAACAAGUACUCUAGCUGCAGCUACGCAAGCUUCUCCAGAAGUUACUGAAGAAGUGAAAAAGAUUGAAGCUAGUUUAAAAAAACGCUUACCUAUCGGUUUUCAAGCAAGCUAUCGUAUGCUAAUUCGUGAAUACGUGAAUGGACAUGGUUAUUCUCAACGAGCUUUAGAAAUGGCUCUGCAAAUUUUAGCAUCAAAAGACACAAUACAAAUGCGAAAUGGUGGUCAAACCGUUUAUCGAUCUGGUAUUUAAUUUUAUUAAAGCGUUAAUAUAACUUCUAAUUAUUAAUUUAACAUUCUAUUUAUAUUAUAGAUAGAUAACAAUGUUACAAUAAAAUGUACUGUUAGGACUAAUUGAAUUAAUCCCUAAAAGCAG